GCUUUCCUAAACACGGGUGGUGAAGCGGCGCCGUCCUUUCAGCAACCAUCUGACAGCCGUGUGCAGAGCACCUGCCAUUUUUGAGUGUUUUACAAUAAACAGGAAGAUAACCCAAAUCAAGGCAGAAUCGUUACCAUAAUCCAGGAUUGUUUACUUGGAUUCAUUUGAUUAAUAUGGGACAAUCUGCACCCGCGCCUCCACCUCCACCAUCACCUCCACAAUUCGAUCAACCAUGGAGGACAAUGCCUUGGGGACAACAAGAUGAACUGAAACAGAAACUGAGGAACUUAAGGAUCAACCACCCAAAUGUUCAGUUUGUCAGGAUUUUGCUUGUUGGCGACGUUGGAGCAGGAAAAUCCAGCUUUAUAAACUCGGUCAAUAAUGCUUUCCAAAACCGAAUUACAAGUCAGGCUCUUACUGAUGGAGUUAGUGGAACAAGUUUCACAAGAAAUUGUGAACAUCGCCUGGCCUCUUGCCAUGUUGACGAAUCCGAGGAGUGUUCAUCUCGAUUCAGUGGAUUAAAUAUAACGGAAAAGUUCAAACCUGCAGAUGAACCUUCUCCAGUUCCAGAAUUUAAAAAGCCGUGGAGGAAAAUGCUUUGGGAUAAGAAAGACACUUUAGAAGAGAAACUGAGGAACUUUCAGCUCAGCUCUCCUGGAGUUAAGUUUGUCAGGAUUCUUGUCAUUGGUGAAAUUGGAGCAGGAAAGUCCAGCUUUAUAAAUUCUGUUAAUAGUGUAUUCCAAAAUCGAAUCACCUGUGAGGCUCUGGCUGAUUCAACAUCUGGAACCAGUUUCACAAAAACUUAUAAAACCCACUAUAUCAAGGGGAAGAGUGGCUCCCAUUUGCCUUUUGUCUUCAAUGAUAUCAUGGGACUUGAACCUGCAGAUGGUCAUGGUGCCCAUGUAGCAGACAUUGCUAAAGCUUUAAUGGGUAGCCUUAAAGAAGGACACAAUUUUAAUCCUGCAACUCCCGUGUCAAAGGACGACGUAAACUACAGAGGCAACCCUAACGUGUCUGAUCAAACUUUCUGCUUAGUCUACGUCAUGGCAGCAGACAAAGUGUCACUCAUGAAGGAUGAAGUUAUUCAAAAGAUGAAACUGAUCUGUGAGAAAGCUUCAAAGUACAAUUUGCCUCAAGUGAUCAUCAUGACAAAGGUGGAUGAUGCCUGUCCACUGGUUCAAGAUGACUUAAGAAAAGUCUACACCAGCAAGAAUAUCAAGGAAAAAAUGAAAGAGUGUAGUGAUCGACUGGGUGUUCCAAUGAAUAACAUUUUCCCUGUGAAGAACUAUCAUGAGGAGGUGGACACAGAUGAUGAUCUGGAUUUUCUGAUCCUGAAAGCACUUGAUCAGAUUGUGAAUAUUGCUGAUGAUGCUCUUGUCAAAAAGUUGUCAGAACAAAACACUCAUGAACAAUAUGAGUGAAGGCUGAUUUUAACCGAUAUAGGAACAUUUACAAGCUUAGCACUAUUAAAGCUAUAUAUAUAUAUAUAUAUAUAUAUAUAUA